AUGACAGUGCUAACAAAGACCGAAGACUGUCCUGUUUGUCAAUCGCCAGACGACACAGGUCCCGGAUCUGACCUCGUCUAUGGCUGGAUCGGUUGCGAGCUGUGCCAACGAUGGUUCCAUCCGUCCUGUGUCAAACUGUCUCCUCAUGAGAUCGAAACAAUAGGCGAGUACCACUGUCCAGACUGUGCCCCUGAACACGGCCCGUCGGUGCUCAAACGGAAAUCAAACCGGUCGCGCAAGAAAAUUGACUACAUUGCACUGAACGAAGGUCAGCAGCUUCGCGAAGUUGACAAACAUCCGCACAUUGAUAACUUCAAGAUGUUCGAAAACGAUAGACCCCUGGAAAAUCUGAUAUACGUUGUUCGUCCAGAGGUGGACGGCAACGAAAGCGGAGUAGUCACGGAUAGCAAACUCACGCAGAUAAUAUUUGAGACGCAGCUGAAGCGGCCCAUUCUUGUUCCAGCAUGCAAUCCAGCUCUCCCAAACUACAAGAACUGCUACGAUCUCACCUUCAGGUUUCCUAAAAUGACAGUCGACCAAAUAGCGGAGGAGGUGGGACUUGACAAGGAGCUGCCGGUCAUGGAUGUCCUUACGCAAAACAACUCGCCCAAUUGGACGCUAGGCAGGUGGAGAGACUACUUCAAUCUCAAAGCUCAAGAUAGAGAUCGGAUACGCAACGUGAUCAGCUUGGAGGUGUCGCAAACCAAAUUGAACGACAAGAUAGAGUUGCCCAAAUCAGUGCUGGAUAUCGACGUGGUGAACAAGAUUUUUAUGACUUGCAGGUCCGAGCUGGAAGCGCACGGGAUCGAGAAACCCAAAGUCAGUAAAUAUAUCCUCAUGUCUGUCAAAGACUCGUUUACCGACUUCCAUGUGGAUUUUGGUGGGACAUCUGUGUACUACACUAUAUUGCAGGGCCACAAACAGUUUCUAAUGUUCCCACCUACGAAGAGGAACCUUGCAGCAUAUGAGAAAUGGUGCUUGUCGGAUGAUCAAAACUCAUUCUGGUUUGGUGAUCUCGUCCCCCCAACAAAACCAGGUAAGGAGCCUAUCGAUCCGGCCUAUAUGAACAACGGGGUGAAGAUUGAUAUCGACGCCGGCGACCUGCUUAUUCUCCCCUCUGGCUGGAUCCAUUCAGUCUAUACGCCGUGCGACUCCGUCAUUGUGGGCGGUAAUUUCCUCAACAUGCUGAGCCUGAAAAAUCAUUUGGAGGUUUACAAAAUUGAGAUCGACACCAAGGUGCCUGAGAAAUUCAAAUUUCCUAAUUUCAUCAAAGUCAUCUGGCUUAUUGGUUGGUUUGUGAUGAAAAACAACAACCUGACCGAGUUUGAGCUGGAAUGUCUCUCAAACCUUAUCCCAUUUUAUAAGAGUCAGCUCCGGGAUAUCAAGAACAUCGACACAGCAGACAAAUACCAUAAGCGAAUCAUCAGCAGGAUAAAGAACUCCCUACCAACAAGCGUGAUUGGCAGACCUGCAGAUUUCGUAGCUGACUUUGAACGCUGGUAUUUUCUACAAACAAAGAAGCGCAAGUACGAUGAUAUGUAACGAAAUGACCAAAUCCAUUGUACGAAAUUAUUACAUCAAGCCAAAAUACGUAGACCAGAAGCAGGAGCGCCCACUAAGGUGACCUUUGUGAUUGAGCAAAUCUUGCCCUUCUCGCUCGCAUGGUACUUAGCACCUGUAAGAGCUUCCGUCACGUAAGGAGAACCCCUGUAUAUUGGUGUGAAUGUGCCGGCACAAACGUCAAAGUCGGCAUACGGAUCGAAAUCGAUCUCCACGGCAUCGGUAGAUAUAGAAUCCGACUUGGCCUUGAUCUUGUUAGCCUGCUCUGCUCUUGGCCCCGAGGUGAUUAUGGAGAGGAACUCGCCUGCAAAGUAGGAAGCCAGGGCAUAGUUCUUGUAUUUGAAUGACUGGGUCAUGGCAACCUGGAGAGCAUUGACCCUAUGAGAAGGUUGCAAUUGGGCUCUUGUGAAGUAUGCUGCCAGCUCCAAAUUGCGCUUCACAUCGUCCUGAGGCAAAGCUCUUCUGGCAAGCUCGAUAGAAAGACCAAGAAUAUACUCCUUGCAAACGGCAAGCACCUCUUCACACUUCUCUUCAUCAUCUGCAUUGUAAACCACAGAUGUAGCAACAAUGUAGAUUAGCUCCCUGAAUACCACGAUCGCCUCUUCUAGUUUGUUAGCUUUGAAGAGCUUGAAUCCUUCGUGCAAUCCAGCCUCAAGCUUGUCGAAGCCCGGAACGUAUGGAAGAGCCUUGGAGCCAUUCUCUUCCUCUGGGUCAGCUCUCACAUAAGAUUUUAAAGAUGGGAGACCGUCGAUGGCUGGAAUGAAAACCUUGUUGGCUUGGUAAAUUUCAAGGAACCUCUUUCUUAAAGGCUCGAAAUUGGCUAUACCGAGCUGCUUAUUCAACAUUUGAGCAGCAGGCUCAAAUGCUCCCGCUGCAAUGUAUCCUGCAGCACAUCUGGAGUUUCUGACCCAGUUUCCAAGCUCGCCUGACAGAGCUCCAACAUCUUCAACAUCGUCAUCAACUGCAUCCUCGUCAACUUCGACUUCAAGCUCUUCCUCGCCCAAAUCCCAUCCUUCGUCGUCGGCAAUCGGUUCAGCAUCCUCGAACAAGUUCUCGUCAUCUACAGAGGCAGCAAAUCUAUCAGUGGCGGUAGCUUCUGUUUGUGGUUGGUCUUCGAUGGAUAAACCUUCGAAGUUGCCAAGGAGAGCUUGUUCAAAGUAGGACAAGGAAGCUUUCUCCAGAGGCCAUGGCUCAGUGAUGACAGAAGUCACUUCAGGAACACUGUUAGGCUCUCCAAACGAAGGCAUUUGGAUGUCUGCCUCCGUUAAUCCCGCCUCGGACAGAAUCGAUUCUGCAAUAUCGUCAAGACCAUUAGUCUUGGCCGUGGCAUAUGCAAGUGGGAGAAGGCCAGUUUCGAUGAAGGUGUUGAUUCUUUUUUCAACAGAGUUCAAGUAAAGACUGUUUUGGAACAAAGACGAGUAGUCGCCUCUUGCCUCCGCAAUUUGCUCCAUUUUGGAAAGCUUUUCAGUCUCACCAGUGAUAAGGUACAGGAAAGAAAGCUUUUCGAGUUUCUUGAGUUGCUGGUAAACAAGUUCGACAAUCGGAACAUUGCCUUGCAGAAGGGCCUCCUUGCCAAGUUUUUCCCAAAUGACUGGGUUGUCAAGUUUCUUGGCUUCUUCCAAAGCGAUGUCCAGGUUGUCACAUUCUAUGGCAAGUUCAAAUCUGGUCUCAGAAUCUUCAACAAACUGCAAUGCAAUUUCAGGAUAUCCCUUGGCUUGCAGGUAGCCGAUAAUGUUCUGACCCACGAGGUUAGAAGUCUUGAUAAUUCUAAGCACCUCAUUGAAAUUCUUGUUCACCAGUGCUUUCUUGAAUCUGUAUUCAGUAGGGUCAAUGGUCACAACUUCCACCUCGCCCUUUCUGUUCAAACAGAAACACUGUCUGCCUGAAACCUUAAUAACAUAAAGAGUAUUCUCUAGAGUUUUAAUGGUUCCGUUGUCACCAUUCAGCAAGGCGUACUUGAUGUGAUUCAGCGUUGAGUAGAUCAACACGCCAGAGUCGUCCCAAGCUGCACUCUUGACUCUGAUAGUCUCAUGCAUCGACAUCAAAGUCUCCAGCUUUUUGUUGGCAAUGAUGAUGGUAUGUUUGGACAAAAGAGCAACAUACUGAGUGUCUGCAGACCAAACAGCAUACUUGGCAUUGCUGAUCUGGAUCUUUGCAAGCUCUUUCUUUUGCUGGACGUCGUAGUGGAUAACUUCGUUAGGUUUCAUCAAAAGGAUCGUACCUGGACCGGCAUACAAGAUGUCUUUGACAGCAGAAUCAAGGUCGAUAACUUUGGUCACCGUGUUUCUGAGGUCUCUGACUUCCAAUUUGUGUGUAACUUUUGAAAAUGUAACAAAUCUAUUUCUGGCAAUGAAGCAAGCUGCUGUAGCUGCGCCCUCACCUCUUGGACUUGGCUCUAGUGCACCAACAAUCUCCUUAGGCAAAUCCAUGUAGGAAUAUACUCCGUUUUCAUUCUCUCCUGCUUGAACCAACAACGAGCGCUCGGCAGGGUUGUAGGAUAUGUUUCUAAUUUUGGUCCAUGACUUGCUGAUCUUGUUCAAAGAUAGCAUUGGCAAAGACACUUGUUGCUUGUCAAACUGAUACUGUUGUACCUGGCUUUCAUUGUUGACAAAGAAUAAGGUGUUCUGGAACAAAGUGCUUGCCGGUCUUUCUCUGUCAAGCUUGAAAACCAUGACACCUGAAUCAUGACAUGUGGCAAAGAGAUUCAUCGUUGGAUGAGCGGCAACAAGCCAGAACCGAUCGUUUUCCCGCUUGAAUUGUUUCACCGGUGUUCUUUUGUUUAAGUCCCAAGUUCUAAUUGUUCUGUCCUCGCCAACCGAUAUAAUGAGAUCUUCAGUUGGGUGGAAGAGUACACAGGGAACGUUAUUGGUGUGUCCUCUGCAGCUGUCAACUUCCCAGGCUCUGGUCUCGCUCAUUCGCCAAAGCUUAACGACUCUGUCGUCACCUCCCGAAACAAUCAGGGGAAGCGUUGGGUGGAACGAGGCCCAGUUGACACCCUUGUCAUGGCCUUCGAGCACGUACUUGACAACGGCAUCCGUGUUCCCAAAGAUGUCUUGCUGGGGCACUUGAUUUCUGGCGUAUUGUUCUUCGAAGGAGCGCAUUCCACCUUGUGGAGCCGAGUGCUUCUUUCUCAAUCCGGAGAUGUCCCAAACUCUGACCGUCUGAUCCAACGAAGCCGAAACGAUCAGAUCCUGGGAGGGAUGAAACUGUGCUGACAUCACGUAGUGGUUAUGGCCGGUCAAACAAGCGAUCUCCUGACGGUUCUGCCAAUUCCAGAUUCUGAUGGUCUGAUCGUCAGAACACGAAAUGAUCCAUGGCAGAUCGUGGUGGAAAAACACAGUUCGAACGUAAUCCAGAUGGCCGUUCAAAGUGAACAUGCAUUUUCUAGUUUGCAGUGACCAAACCUUUACAGUGUAGUCGUCACCACCGGAAACAAAGAUCGGUUGCGUAGGGUGGAAAUCGACAGCUCUCACAGGGCCGUCAUGCUCUUCGAAUCUAUCAAUAAGGGUACCCAUCCGGUAAUCCCAGAGUUGGAUGGUGGACGAAUGCAACGACACCAAGAUCCAAGGCCGUUUGGGGUGGAAGGCCACGCCCUUAGCUCUUGAAGACUUGGAUUCAAACUAAAGAGAGUUAGCAUACAGUACACGUCAACAGGUCGAGCAACUUACCUUUGUGAGCAUCUUCAUCUUGAAUAAACAGUUGCUUGGAGCUAAGCAAGAAUUGGUGCAAUUGAUGAUAAUACUCCAAGGAGUUUUAUUUAAUGGAUGAGUGAUGCGUGCUUUGUUUGUCUUGUUGUUCUUUUAGUUUUUUCCAACGAGUCCAAGAGGAAGACUCGCUGACGUAAGCAAUGGAAGGGGC